AUGGAUUUCCACAGCCUUAUGAGAAGAGAUCUUCAGUUUCUCUGCAAGAGGAACAAAAUCCCAGCCAAUAUGACCAAUCUCGCCAUGGCCGAUGCUCUCAAAGCCCUUGAGAUUGUUGAAGGUCUUGAUGAAUACAUGACUCAAUCAAACUCCAAUGCUCCUCGCUCUCCAACCAGUCUAGCAAACCAGCCACCAAACACUGCAACUAGAACAACUCGAAGGAAGACCACAAUGAAAGCUGAACCUCAGUCAUCAUCACAGUUGGUGUCCCGUUCAACAAACAAGUCUCUUGCUGGAGAAAUGGACCAGGAAAACAUAAACAAGAAUGUUGCUCAAGAACCGAAGACUAACAAUGUCAAGUUUGAAGCUAAUGUGGCCAAGACUCCUGCAACACGAAGCAUAAGGAAAGCUUCAGCAGCAACUUCUUGUAGCAGAAAGGUUCAGGAGAGUAAGAAGAAAGAACCGGUCCAGUCUGUGUACAGCACUAGGAGAUCAACCAGGCUGUUAGAAAAAUGUAUGGGUGAGCUGAGUUUGAAGACUAAAGAAACAUUGGAUGAUAAACUGGAGAAGAAUGAAGAAACAGAACGAAAAGUAUCUGCACUGGAGGAGAAUACAGCUGGUUCAGAGGAGAAAAGCGAGGAGGCUGAAGUUAUCCCAGGUAGAGAUUUAAGUGCUUCUAUGGAAAAAGAAUGGAAGAUUUUGAAGAAUGACAGUGACAAGGUAGAUGAAAAUGCUGGUGAUAUUGCUGUUGUGGAUGCAAACACUGAGACCAACAUGGAGAAGGUGAAUGAAGUUAUGAGUGAUGAAAAAGAAUCUGAGAAUAGUUUAGUCCAAGUUGACAAACAAGAAGAAACCUUGCAGACCGAUGAAGCUAUUAUGUGUGAGGAAGGAUCCAAGAAGAAUGACAAUUAUCAGGAGAUUGGAGAUAUUGAGGUUUAUGUUGAUCUUGGUGAUAUUCCUGUCUUGGAACAAGUAAACACAGAGAACAACAAUGGCAAGAAAGAGUCCAAGAACGUUAUAGGUUUCGAAAGUGUAGUAGUACAAGUCGACCAACAAGAAACAGAACAGGUUACUCAGGAGAAGGAUUCAGAUUCAGUGGCUGAGAAGAUCAACACUUUGGAUGAAGAGAUAAUGAUGGACCAACAAGAAACAGAACAGGUUAUUCAGGAGAAGGAUUCAGUGGCUGAGAAGAUCAACAGUUUCGAUGAAGAGAUAAUGGUGGAUCAAACCAGUGAAGAAGAUAAUUCUGGUGUUGACUCAGAUAGCACUGUCUCUGAAGCUGAUUCGAACCAAGCCGUAAUGGGAUCUGAUAUUGCUGAUGAAGAGAUGAUUCUUUCCGAAUCAGAAGGUUCUGAUGCUGCUCCUCGAGCUUCUUCUCCUCCUCUUCUUCUUGAAGAGUCUAAAGUCAAAACAAGUCCAUUUGCUGCAGCAGAAUCAAUCUCAGUUCAGUUUCCAAGACCAAGCAAAUCAACAACUUCAACUCCGUUAAAGAACUCGGCUCUGAAGCUGAUGGUCAAUGUUGAUAAUGAGAACAAAGAGAACAACAUGGAGAUGAUGAUGAUGAUGAAUGUUGUGAAUAAUGAAAAUGGAGAGAGCAAAGUCGAGGCUAAGAAGAAGAUGAAGAAGGUGGUUGAGAUCGAUGAAGUGAACUUGAAUGAUGUGAGCAUGAGGCAACUGGUGAAGAUGGUGAAGCAACUCUCUAUUAAGACAAGUAACAGACCUGCGUUGCAGAUGCUGCCUGGUAAUAAUCAGAUUGCAGAAUAG